UUAAUCAACGCGAGUAGCCGGUGGCUUUGCGUUUGUCUUGUGUACGGUCAAACUGUAUUAAAUCGGAUAUCAAUAUAAUAUAUCAGAUUAUAUAUAUUGUUCGUGUUAGAAUAGUUAAUCCUGGACAAAAGCAUAAAAUACAAAAUAAAUAAAAAAACUAGCAUCAAGUCAAAAUUAAAUGAUACAUCCUAAGGGUUUAAAAAAGGGAUAUAAGCAAUAUUAUAAAUUAAAAUGAAAUAAAAUCCUUUUUCUUAAUAUCUGUGAUAAACAAGUAUUUUUUUAUUUAAUAUUUCGGUAAAUGUUGUAUACGUAUAGUUUAGUUAUUAUAAUAACACAGUAUUGUUUACUUUACAUAUUUCGUGAGUGACGAUUUAUAUGUUAAAUAAAAUAUAGAGCGCAUUUAAACAUUUAACUAUCAGCACAAAAUGUGGGAUAAAAUAAUUUAUAUGUGUGUGAUAAUACUCGCCACAUACAUUUUGAAACAACUAUUUUCUGAAACUCCUAAUUACGUUAAAUUUCAAUCGAAGUUUUUGGUGUUCUACAUAUGGUCAUCAUUUGUGGCAUUAUUCACUUUACCAUUUUUUGUAUUUAGACCAAAAAAUGUCAAAAACUCCCUAUGUGGCGCACAGAUAAUAAAACAUGUAACCAAACUGAUAGAAGUAAAAUGGCAUUUACGGAAUGGUAAAAUUCUUGCAGAAGACAAAGGUGCCGUUAUCAUAUCAAACCAUCAAUCAUCUCUUGAUAUUUUAGGUCUGUUUAAUGUUUGGCAUGUGGCAGUGAAAGUAGCUGCUAUUGCUAGGAAGGAGUUAUUCUACAUUUGGCCCUUUGGCCUGGCUGCCUAUCUGGCUGGUGUCGUGUUUAUUGACAGAAAUUGUACCAAAGACGCAUAUAAACAACUAAAGAUAACGUCCGAUGUGAUGGUGAAGAAUAAGACUAAAAUAUGGAUAUUUCCCGAGGGCACCAGGAAUAAGGAUUCAAGCAAAUUAUUGCCUUUCAAGAAAGGUGCUUUCAAUAUAGCAGUUGCAGCGCAAGUGCCAAUCAUACCUGUUAUCAUAUCCCCAUACUACUUUAUAGACAGGAAGAAGUAUAUAUUCAACAAAGGACAUGCCAUAAUCCAGUGCUUAGAACCGAUACCCACAAAAGGUUUGAAAAUAGAAGAUGUACCUGAGCUAAUUACCAAAGUGCAAAAUAUAAUGGAAAUUGCAUAUAAGGAACUUUCAAAGGAGGUAAUCAGUGCCUUACCACCAAACUACCCCCUUGCUAGUCAGCACUGAAAAGGGGAUACUAUGAUUCCUUCUAUCAUUUUAUGGAUAACUGACAUUUUUGAAAUAGAAUAUUCUUUCUAGAACUUUAAACCUAUGUUGCAGUGAUAGUUAUUUUGAAUUAGUUUGACAAAAUGAUAGCCAUGUUAAAUAAAUAUUGCCAUCAAUAAAAAUGAAAAAUCAUUUUUAAAAUUUAAUAAUGAUGCGGUGACUAAUGCAUGAUUUGUGAAUAUUGUGUGAUUGAUCAUGUGCAAUAUUUUUUUAAAGAUAAUCUCAAGUGAAAUUAACAGUCACGUCAGUAAAAUUUACGCCAUUUUUAGGUUUGAAUUGCCAAUUAUAUUAAGUAUAUGUUUAAGUUAACGUUAAGGUUAUACACAUCUACAUUUAAGUUUCUUUUUUUAUAUUUAAGGUACCUAAUAUUUUUUAAUUGGUUCCAAACAUGAACAAUGAGAAUAAAUAAUACUCUUAACUCGAAUAUUGCGUAUCUAAUCUACAUUGAAUGAAAUCAAAUGCAAUUUACAUGGAUGCUAUUGUUCAGAAGUGGGUCUAUUGUUUACAUUGUAUAAAUGUUCAUUAACGAAAUUAUUUAAAUAUGAAUCGACAUUUCGUUAGGAACGCAUUUUUUAAUUUAGGUUCAAAAUCAUAUGAUUUACCAAUCGCCUAAUGAAACUUCUCGAUCUCUUACAUUAGGAUAAAUUUUUUUAACAGUGAUUUUAUAUUUUUUAUGCUAUCAUAGACUAAAGGCAAAUGAAAGGAAAACUUAAUACUAGUCAUUAUGUCAAACAUUUUGUAACACGACCAUAAAUAAAUUAUAUGAGUCAGACGAAUGUAGUCGAGGAAUACAAAAGAUUCGAUUUCAAUGACGUUUCCAACUUUCGUAGCCACUCGCAGAAUAUCAAUGACUCGUUCUGUCAUCAGUUAAUUUAUUUUAACUUGAUUACAAACAUUUCGGCUUUACCUUCAAGUAUUAUGCAAUGUGCAUUUGUUGUUAGUUUCUCUUUACAAGAAGUAACAUAUUCACAUGAAACCAAGCUUUUUUUCUCUGUACGUAGGUAUUACGUAUUUGGACGUUUUAUUUUUAUUAAACUUAAUUAGAUUCCAAAAAUAUAAAAUUUACUACAAAUACAUUAGAAUUAGAUAUUUGUUAACUGAUUAUGUUUCGAAUUAGCGUAUAUCCCAAUUUUAUAGUUUGUAAAUAAUUUUAAAAAAUUAACUCUUCUCCAUAGAACCCAUAUAAAAUAGCAUGCCUUUAUUGCAUAUUAUAAAUAAUGUGCAUAACAACAUAAGUGAACAAUUUCGAUUGAGUACUAUUCGAAUGACAAAUCGAUAUACCUACAUAAUAAAAUGUUUUACUGCCAAUCAAUAUUUUUAUGGUGAUGGAGGUUUUUAAUUAAAUUUCAAGAUUUGCUAGAACAAUACUUAUAGCUCUAUCAAAGUAACCGUAGAAUAUAAUUUCAUAUUUCAUAUGAAGAUAUGAUCGAAGGAUCAUUAACAGCCACUAGAGACAAAAUAUACUAAAACCUUCAGUUAUGUUUGUAUGCGUUAAAGAAACGCAAAGAAAUCAGUUUGUACUUCUAAACUAGUAAUUAAGUACUUGUCAUGAAAUAUCGAUUCGAUAAAUAGCAUAUUGAGGCUCGCAGUACUUUACGCUUAUUUUUAAACAUUCUUAAAAAGCAAUUCUGCAUAUUUUCGAAAUGAACUGACUAAUUUUAUAAAUCUUAUUUACGGAAAACUCUGACAUUCGUUUUAUAGUAAUUAAGUGUGUGUAUGUAUUUUUUUAUCUUACUAUAAACUAGGUUAAAAACUAUUUACCUAUUAAUUGUACUUUUUUUUUAAAUAUAACUUCUCUUUAUACUCUGUGAGUUUUAAAUUGUACGAAUAUUAAAUUUUAUAAUCAAUAUUUUUUAGUAGAUUUAAAAAUGUAAUUUUUGGAAAGUAUGUACCUAAAUUGUAAUAAAAAAUUGAAUUUUUACUCUAAUAUUGUAUGUGUAGAAAAUGUAGUUCAUAUUUUUAAGACUUGUAUAAGCAUAGUAUAAUAAUUAUUAUUUUAUACAUGUACGAAACGAUCCAGUGAACUACCUACUUAGGUACUGAUCGUAAUUUGUUAAUUUUUUUAUUUUCAUAAACCACUUCAGUAUUCAAGGAAACGAAAGAAAAAAUAUACCAAAUAUUGUAACAACCAUAUUCUUUAAUUGGUUUUUAUAUAAAAGUAUUAUCGGCGAACAUUUACCAAAAUACCAUGUUAUUUUAUUUGCCAUGCAGGCUACAAUUUGUAAUAAAAGGCACUGCUUUAGCAUACAAGUUUUUUACUAGUACAUUACUUACUUAUCAUUUUUUAAUAUUUUACCUUUUAAGACAAUGUAUUCCUAAUCUUAAUGUAUUUUGAAUUUUCAAGUGAAUCGGUGUUUCGCCACGUUUCCAAUAUUGUAACGAUAACUUAAUUAUUAUUUUAAAUUAUUGACGAAAAAGUCUCCAUUUCUUCAUAGAUAAAAACCAAGUUAAAUAUGUCUAUAACGAUAUCACAAAAUUGACAAAAUCCAUGUUUUUAGUUUUAAUAAUUUUAUUAAUCACUUACUCGAGUGUUAUUCAAAUUAUGUGACGUAUUUUAUCAUGUUUAUUAUUUGAUAAAAUUUAAUAUUGGCAUUAUACGCAAAACUACGUCAAUAUAAAAAAGUUGUUUACGUUCAUAAAGGCGUGAUUAAUAAAUAAUUAAUAAAUAAAAUAUCUUUAUGAUCAGAAUGAUAUGGAAUAUCAAUUCAUAUGUCUAGAAACUUCUAAUUUCGUCUUUAUGUAUUAUUAUUACUUUAUAAGCGCUUGUUAAAUUUAAUGUGAUAUAUACUUAAAUCACUUCUUAUGUGUAGUCAGCUAUCAGUAACAGUUAAAAACUAUUUUUGUAUAUUUUACCAUUAAUAUGAAACUGAAAUAAAGUGUAUAAAGGA